GUAUUUUUCCCUCAGUUCCUCAAGAGCAGCUGUGUGGGAUUAGGUUGUCAGUGCGUGAUUGGAUGGAGCAGAUCUGGUUGCAUUUAUAACCCCUCACUGCUAAAGUUUGGUAUUAGUUAGCUUCAAAAAUAAUGGCAGUUCAGGGUUGUUUAAGUGUUUCCUUCUUUGCCUUGCUUGUUGUGGGUUCAUUUGGGCUCCCCUUAAAAGGCUCAAAAUCCACUGACCAGAGCAGUAGUGACACACAUGACUCGUCUUACUAUGCUUCGAACCCAAGAGUGGCCUCGGAUUAUCCUGCAUCUGUCCACUACGGUACAGCAAGGAUAAUGUCUCAGCCGGUGCAGUUCUUUUUCCAAGAGCCUGGUCUCUCUCAUGAGGUGGCUGAGGCUGCUCCAGCACUUGGUAGCAUGAGUUCUGCCACUGCAGAGGAUUUCUACUCUCCUGGCUCUGACUCUUCUGUUCAAGCUGAGCAGGGUGUUGACUCUACACAGCCUGAAGCGGCACAACCUGGCAUGCCUGAGGCAAGGUGGCUUGUUCCUCCCCAAAGCUUUGAGGAAGCAUCAAUUGAUGCCCAGGCCCAAAGUACCAGUGAGCUCCUCCCACAACCACCUCUGCCACCAGCUGGACCAGUCCUCCAGUCAGGAGAGACCUCCAAUGUGGUGAAGGAAGCUGAACUGGGAAACUACCAGCAGGAGACGGAAGAAUUUGGCUACCCAGCUGACUUCACAGAAUCUCAGCAAGGCGCUACAAACAUGGUUCUACCGAGCGUUGUCCUGCCAGGUUACUGGGGAAAUCCUUAUCCUGGCUUUGACUACAGGCUCCUGUACGGUCUGUAUCCUCCUGGCACGUACAGCACAUUCAGCCAGAGCCACGAGAGGGGCAAAGACUACUACAAGGAUGUCCACUACCUGAAGGAACAUGAGUCUGAGGAGGAUGAAGGUCCUCAACAACAGAAGGUCUUCCCAGGCCCCCCACAGUACUCAACUGGUCAACAAGUGGCCUCAAGUGGCUAAAUGCUAGGUGGUGACAUGCUCUUCAUUAGUUCAAUAAAAUGUUUUCACUUGGUGA